UUCUGCUCGUGUGCGUUCACUUUCAUCUCUCUCUCUCUCUCUCUCUCUCUUUCUCGCGUGAAGUGUCGAUGUAUAUAUAUAUUCCCGGCUGCUGUUGUUACUUUGUGUGUUGUCGUGUCUGCGUGUCUCUAUUGUUUUGUGCUUUCUUCGAAUGCCGUGAUGAGUGAUUACGAGAACUCUUCAUCUUAUCUCUAAAGAAAAUUAGAGAGAGACAAAAUAUAUAUAUUCUGCUUUAAAAUUUUCUUGAUUAUCUCGAGUCCCGUGUAAUUUGUAUCGUAGCGAGGAAAAGUCGGCAAAGUGCAUGUGCGCUCGCGGAAGUUAUCGGAGCUGCGCCGGCCGGCGCGUGAUAGAUCGUCGUGUGGCAGCUCUCUGUAAUCUUCGAGGUUCCCAUGGCUCGUGACGUGCGCCCCUGUGCGACGACUAAAUACUGCGCGGACAGAUGAUUUACCGCGUUGGAGUUUCUCUCCCGCGCGAUUCGUAAAAGCUUCGACGUGGUACAUGUAUAUGCAUGCCGCUCGUCGUGAUUAAUGCAGUCGCUGUCGACGUCUGUUUGUCGUUUGUCGCUUCGCUCCAGGCAGAACAGAGGUCAGUGGCCAGGCACACCCAGAAGAUCUUCACGUUGCAAUUCAUCAAACUUACGCUUGAAAUUUCACCAGGCUAACGGUCUACCUUCACACACACACAGCUACACCGAAAUUAAAAUCACUCAAGCCUCGCAGACAGAUGGUAUCAAGAGUGAUUGGGGCGAUCGCGAUCGCCGUGUCGCUCGCUUCUGUCUUUGGCGAACCGCAGCAGACGGUGAGAUUGAACGAGCGACACUUGCGCGCGCUCUCGGAGGACCAACUACGUUCCCAGCAGCAGCAGCAGCAGCAGCAGCAAGAUGAAGGAGAGGACGCUAGAUACGGGUGGGAAGAUUCGGUGCCGGGUGUACCGGGUAGAGACUAUCCAAAUUUGACAAGCAUUCCAGCAACGUCGUUCAGCUGCGCUGGUAAGACAGCCGGUGGCUACUAUGCUGACGUUGAAACGAGAUGUCAGGUCUUUCACGUGUGCAGCACCCAGGGCUUGAAAAGCUCUUUUCUCUGCCCGAGCGGCAGUAUUUUCAAUCAGCGCCACUUUGUCUGCGACUGGUGGUACGACUUUAUCUGCGAACAGGCACUGGAGUUGUACUCGCUGAACGACGCCCUCAAUGAUCCCAACUCGUCGACCGAUCCGCCGCUGCCGUCGACAAGUGACGAUAUCACCGAUCGAUACAAUCAGUUACCCUUAACUCCCAUACAGUUCAAUUCUAUCGCUGCUGGCUCUAAUGCUGACCUCUCGCUCGCUAGCUCUGGAUACACUAACAAUUUACGAGACGAGACUAAUCUUAUCUACGAGGACUACAAUAAUAAUGCCAAAACAGCGGAGAAAUCUGCAGUGCUAGCUACAUCCGGGAUCCUGGAUAAUUACUCUGACGCCCGUCGGAAGGAGUCAAUGCGGAGCUACGAGGAGCAGCAGCAGCAGCAGCAGCAGCAACAAUAUCGACAGCAACCGAUUUAUCGAAGACGGCCAAGUCAAGGCCCAGACAACGUGCCAAGGGGCUUCUCGAAGCCGCCGCCAAGCAACGACCAGAGUCGUGAGCUCGAACGCGGUGAACAAGGCCCAGGCUUUUUUGUGAACAAUGGAUUGUCCGACACUUUCAGAGAUCAGAACUAUCAAUUAGCUGCAGAAAAUAAUAAUUUUAUAGAUAAUACGAAUUACUAUAAAUUGAGCGACAAUGAAAAUGUCAACUUCAAUAUCAGAAAUGUGAACAAUAAUUACAGCAACAAAGUUACCGACAAUGAAAGUAGUAAUUUCAAUGGUAGAAAUACAAUUAAUAAUAAUCAAAAUUACAAUACUAGGGUUACCAACAACCAGAACGCGAACGUCAAUACUAGGAACCUAGUCAUUAAAAACGAAAAUUACAACAUUAAACUUACCAACAGCGAAAGCACAAACUUCAAUACCAGAAGUGAAGCGCUCAAUAGCGACAAUCACAGUAGUAAAGCUACCAACAGCGACAAUACAAACUUCAAUAGCAGAGGUACAGAGGCCAAGAGCAAUGAUAAUUUUAACAACGUUGUUUAUACACAGAACAAUAACAACAAUAAUCUUAAUGACUACAACAAUUUUUAUCAGAAUUCUGUGCAGUAUCCGCUACCGCAAGAAAAUAACAAUUACGAUAACAAUUUCAAUACAAAUCUCGUCAACGUCGAGAAUCAAAAUGAAAAUUAUUACAAUACCAUUCGAAUAUACAACACCGAAUACAACAAUAAGUACAAUAGCAGUAGCAACAGUUUUAGCAAUGUUAAUUACGAUAACAACAAUAACAAUUUCAAUUCUGUUAACUAUAAUACUGAUAGCAACUACAGUAAUUAUAACAAUAACAAUUUUAAUAGCAAUGUCAAUUACCAAGACGACGGUAGCAAUAAAAGCAACAACAACAAUAAUAACAACAAUUAUGAAAGUAAAUUCCAAACCAACUACCAAAAGCCCAUUCACGUCGAAUCAUCCACCGUCGACUACAAUUUUCAAGAAGAUCACUAUGAAACCACAAUAAAUCCUGAUUUCUUAAUAAACUCAGGUCCCUCGGAAGAGGAAGUUGAUCGUGAAAGACAACGCGAAGUGGACAGCGUUGAUUUGAAGCGUCAACGACCUUCGACAUACACUCGUCAAUAUACUGACGCAUAUACCUCGGCUCCUGGAUUUCUUAUCCGCGAAGAAACCAGUUGGCGAGAUGACUUAUCCACCAGCAGUUCGGGAUCUCAAAGUCCACCAUUUCCUCCGGAGAGAAAUUAUGAAUCAACGCCGACACUGCCGAGACCCGAAGAGACAACAACUCCAGUAACAAUUUCGACAAGGCAACCGAAAGAACCUCCGAAGUAUCUGGGUAAACGGCCAGCCGGUGGACUUCUAGGUGGGGCGGGCAAUGGUCUACCAGGCGCGAACAAGAAUCUCGCUGCUUCUAAUGCUAUUACCGGCAAGCCAAUCGAUGAGUCGAGUACGAACAGUCUUUCAAGCGUGGAUGAUGGUUAUAGCACUUAUCGACCUCCCCAAGGCUUCACUGCAUCACCUAAAGGACAGGACAGUUACAGUGAUGCUGGUUACAGAUUAGAGGGGCAGUAUUGGAAUGAUGGCAAAGAAUCAUGGAAUGAUGGCCGCAGGUACACCGGCAGAUACUAAAAGCUGCAUAGAAAUAUUUUUGUAGCAUGAUUUAUCAACAAUGAAUCAAGAUUGAAUCCAGAAUCUUUUUUAUUAAAUUAUGAAAUUUAGACAAUUGAAAGUAUUAUGUUUACCUUUUUUUGAACUGUAGCUGAACUGAAUACUAAGGUAUAUUAAUAAGAACCAUCGUCUUAUUUCGUUACCAAUUGAUAGUAUUAUAAUUUUAAGAAGUCUCCGAUCCAUUUCGAAAAUAUAUUGUUCCUACGAUUUUAUAUACGUGACAGGAAAAGUCGUAAUUUAUUGCCAUACGGUGUCCAUUAAAAAUCACUGGUUACCUUUGAAGAUUUAAAAUAUCAUUUAUGAGAAUGAAGAAGACGAUAUAUUUUUGCUGAAAUAUCUUGUUCUAUUAUAUUAGUAGAGUAUUGAAAUUGUUUUACAGAUUAACGUGCUAACUUCGAAAGAUUGGAUAUUGUUUGAAAAUAUAAGUAUGGUAAAGUAUGGUAAUGGAAAAUCAUUAGACUGAAGAAUUUGAGUUUUUUUAAUGUUUACUUUGAAUAACUACUGCAAGUAAAAUACAUCUGUAAUUAGAUUAUACUUUAGAAAAACAUAAGCAAAGUACUAAGUAAGACUUGUUAAUGUAAGUAUUAUGAUUGCCUAUCAUAGUAAUGUAAAAUAUUGAAAUAAAUAAGAGUAUUGUUAAGUGUAGCGUAACAUACAAGUGUAAACAUAUUUUGAG